UUAAGAUAAUAAGUUGAACUGUAUAGUUCAAGCUACUUGUACAGUUGUUUUCCGACUUCUGUAGACAACGGCUGUGUAAUGUCAUUGUAUUUUACUAUAAUCCUUUUGGUCUGUACUCUCGAUGAGAGCUGGACUGAGAACAUUAACAGUAUCGAGACAAACGAUUUAAAUGAAAGAGAUUUCGCUAUGAGAUUGUUGAGCAAUGACUACUAUUUAACACAAUUCAAGUUCAUUCCAAUCUACUCAGAAAAGGUAGAUAUAAAAAUAUAUUACGAAUGUCUUUGCCCUGAUUGUAUAAAAUUUGACGUAGAGCAAUUCAGUCCAGUCCUGGAAACUAUGAAUCAGUAUUUAGAGAUACACACUUACCCUUAUGGAAACGCCAAGACUAUAAAAAAAAAUGGGAAAAUCGAAUUUAUAUGUCAACACGGACCCGCUGAGUGCUACGGUAACAAACUGCAUGUGUGUGCUAUCGACAGUUUGCAACACAUUACUGCAUUACGGUUUAACCUUUGUUUGAUGAACAGCACAGAGGGUCGUGGUUCAGAUGAUAAAAUGGCUGACAAGUGUGGACAAUUAAUGGGCUGUGAUUCGGAAGCAAUAAAAGCAUGUGCCAGAAGCAAUAGAGGUACAGAGCUAUUGCUAUAUUAUGGGGAGCAGAGUAAGAUGGCGAAUUUCAAUUAUGUUCCAUACGUACUAAUAAACGGUAAGGUGUAUAACACUGAUGGAAAUAAGGACUUCAAAGAUGCUGUUUGUGCUGCAUUCGAUAAUCCACCGCCACCUUGUACAAAUAUUUGGUAGACAAAUAAAUACAAAUAAAGUAUAUCUUAUACUCUAUGGAAGUUAAUUACUAGUUUCACAGCCCAUAUUAUACGAUCAUAUUUUUUACUGUAUUGUAAAAUUACUUGGUAGGUGGUUAAUUACUAUAACUUGGUAGGAGGAGGGUGAUUGGUACAUGAUAUUAAGUUUUACCUACAGUCUACAUAUGUAUAAGUCUGUCUGUAUACCGCUGUGGCAAAAUCACUUUACACAAGGGGAUUAUAGAUGCAAGUUAAAUUCGCAACUGUUGCUAACGCAAACGAUCCUUGUUGAAUACAGCACACGCUUCAUAUUGGAUGCUCAUUAUUUACUCUCGGGAAAUAUUUUCUUGUAACAUGUAAUUUUACUAAAAUAGAGACAUCCUACUUGACUUUCUUUAAGAAAGAAUAAUUUUCUAAUAGCAUGUUAAAUUUUCCUGAAGAAUAUUUAUGUAGUAUUAUAAAUUAUGAGGGUAAAUUAAUUAUGUUUAAUUAUAGUUGUGUAAACUGGAUUUCAUGCCAAUGAAUUACAAGUUAGUCUUUUCAAUAGGAGUUUAUAAAACCAAUUUUUAAUAAUAAAACAAUGACCGUGAAGAUAAUCAGUAAAAGGGCUGUUAUUAAGAUCUGUUCCACUCGUGUACCUUUCAAAAUAUUUGAUAUAACAGUGUAAGCAUGUGGCUAAAGCUAAUUAAAGUUCAAACUUAUUGUUUCCAUUAUUGUUUUCAAUGCUGUGCACUCGUAAUAGAUUUUCUAAAUAAAGUAAUAUCAUAUGGCAAAGGAAAUCCUAUACAAACCAGGAUUUUAGGGUAUAACGUGUUCUGGAAAUUCGGGGCGGAGACUACUUUGAGCCUGAAGUACGUGUCCUACGUGAUUCUAGACAGCUCAACUGAUUUGGAAUAUGGCUGGAGUUUGAAACCCCGAGGUGCAAUAAUUAUAUUAGAAAAUGUUAUGUACAUUUAACUCAAUUAUAUUUAAAAGA